AUGAUAUUCUGUAUUCAGUCCCACAGACAGAGUGAGAGUGGCAGCAGUAUGGAGGGCAGUGGCAGCGACUGGCUGGUCAGCGUGGAGCCCCCUGGCGGUCUCGCGUAUGAAGUGACGGUGGAUCAGAACAGCUCGGCCAAUCAGAGUUACCCAUUUGCGGACGUGGAGCUGCUGCAGGCGUUUAAGCCGCUGAUCAUCCCCUGCUACGUGCUGGUGGUCCUGGUGGGGUUUUUUGGAAACUACCUGCUCAUCUACGUCAUCUGCCGCUCGCGCAAGAUGCACAGCGUCACAAAUUUCUUCAUCGGUAACCUGGCCUUCUCUGAUAUGCUGAUGUGCGUGACCUGCGUGCCCUUCACGUUGGCCUACGCCUUCAACCCGCACGGCUGGACCUUUGGACGCUUCAUGUGUUACCUGGUGUUCCUAAUCCAGCCAGUCACCGUUUACGUCUCCGUGUUCACUCUCACGGCCAUCGCAGUGGACAGGUACUACGCCACCGUGCACCCUCUGAAGAAGCGAAUCUCCAUGGUAGCAUGUGUGUGCAUUCUCUCUGGGAUCUGGCUGCUCUCCUGCGUGCUAGUGGUUCCGGCCGUGGCACACACCUACCACGUGGAGUUUGAGGGUGAAGAUCUGACUAUCUGCGAGGAGUUCUGGUUUGGUCAGGAGACCGAGAGGCUGGUCUAUGCGUACAGCACCCUGCUUGUCACCUACAUCCUGCCGCUGUCUGCCGUGUGCGUGUCCUACCUGUGCAUCUCCGUUAAGCUGCGGAACUGUGUGGCGCCAGGCCACCGGACGCGGGACCAGGCCAAAGCGCAGAGAGCCCGAAAGCGGAAGAUCUUCCGUCUGGUGUCUCUGGUGGUGGCGGCGUUCGCCGUGUGCUGGCUGCCCAUCCACGUCUUCAACGUUCUGCGGGACAUUGACAUCCACCUCAUCAAUAAGCGCCACUUCCUGCUGAUCCAGCUGCUGUGCCACCUGUGCGCCAUGAGCUCGUCCUGCUGCAACCCAUUCCUCUACGCCUGGCUCCACGACCGCUUCCGCGCCGAGCUGCGCAAGAUCUUCACCUGCAAACACCGCAUCGGCAUCUCCGCCAACCACUGCACAGCCGCCAGCGUUGUGCUGUGAACCGGAGGACGCUAAGACCAGA